GAUACUAUAUUUGACAUUUGAUUUGUUACAUGUCAAAGCUACCUAAGUGAAACGUCAAUAUUAAGAAAAUUGGUUAUCUUUCCGUUAUAAUAAUUAUUGAAUAUGCCGCCUUUAGUUGAAAAAUCAACUGAAAAUAUAACUGUAAAUGAGGACGACAAAAAAAAUUUAUGGUCUCAAAUUUUGCAUGACGUCCAAAAAAAUGGCAAUCCCAAAUUAUCCCCACAUAAACAAAUACUUGUCUUGGGUGACAACGAAUCUGGAAAAACUACCAUGGUAGCUAAACUUCAAGGUAUUGAGAAUUCCAGUAAAGGUUCUGGAUUAGAAUAUGCUUAUAUUGAUGUAAGAGAUGAUUAUAGAGAUGAUCACACCAGGUUGAGUGUGUGGGUUUUGGAUGGAGAUCCAGCUCAUGUAGAUCUUCUUAAAUUUGCCCUUAACGAGGAAACAUUUCAGGAAACGCUUGUAAUUUUAACUGUGUCAAUGACUACACCUUGGGGUAUAUUAGAACAAUUACAACAUUGGGCUUCUGUUUUGGCUGAUUAUCUUGAUAAAUUGAAACUUGAUAUUGAUUUGAGACAGGCUAGAAAGCAACUAAUGAUUAAAAUGUGGCUAGAUUAUGUAGAACCAGGAGAUGAAUUAGAUCCUGCUUCGCCUAUGAAGAGGAGCUCUAGAAAUUUAGGAGAUGAUGAUGAAUUAUUUGAUGGAAAUUCAUUACCUGAAGGUACUCUUACAAGUAAUCUAGGUCUGGAUAUAGUAGUUGUGGUAACAAAAACAGACUUUAUACAAAAUUUGGAAAAGGAGCAAGAUUACAGAGAUGAACAUCUAGAUUUCAUGCAGCAAUGGAUAAGAAAAUUCUGUCUGCAAUAUGGAGCAGCUCUCUUCUACACUAGUGCAAAAGAGGAUAAAAACUGCGAUUUAUUAUAUAAAUAUUUAACUCAUCGUAUUUAUGGCUUUCCGUUUCAUACACCGGCUCUAGUUGUUGAAAAAGAUGCAGUAUUUAUACCCGCCGGUUGGGACAAUAUGAAAAAAAUUUGCAUUUUAUAUGAAAAUAUGCACUCUUGUACGCCUGAAAAUUAUUACAGGGAUGUAAUAGUACAGCCAGUUACUAGAAAAGCUAUAAAUAGAGAAACCGAGAUAAUUGCUGAAGAUGAACAAGCAUUUUUGACUAGACAGCAACAGAUUUCGUUUGGAGGAGGUGCUCCAUCUAUCCGCUUAGGAGAAUCACCAGCUAGACCACCCAUUGGAGGAAUCCAAGGUUCUCCUAGGAAACUGGAUGGCUCAAAGGUAGUUAGUUCACCAGGAGGUGAAGGUGUUUUGGCUAAUUUCUUUAAUUCUCUUCUGUAUAAAAAAACUGGCAGUCCGGGCGGAGGUGCUUCAAAAAUUUCAGGGGCAGAAAGUUUACCGGAUAAAAGUAUGAGAACAGAUGCUGCAGCAGAACUAGAUCGAUUAGCCAGAGGUGCAGGUAAAAAGCUUCCUGUUUCUACUACACCAAAUGCACAUAAAGGAACUGGUACUGGAAGUACAGAAACUAAUCCAGAUCUUGAUGAAACAUCCAAAGGUGAUAAAAAAAAUUCAACUGGAUCUAGUAUUACACAUGAUGCAGGUGUCGAUUUUAAUGCUUCUGAUUGUUAAAAAUAUUUUCUAUAAUAAGUAAUGUAAUUUUUAUUGUUUUAUUUAAGCUUUCUAAUAAAUAUCCCUGUGAUAACUUUUUUUUUAUUAUUUGUUCUUAGAUUUCCUUAAUGCUAUUAUAAGAAUAAUAAUUUAUAUUAAUUUCUAUAUUUCAAUUAAAUUUUGUCUUCAUCAAA